AGCCUUGAAAUUUUGAAUUGUGAGUUGUCAUGUUUUUUACCUUAAUUUGGCCUUUUUAAAUGUUAUAAAUUCAAAUACAUAUUUGAUUCAAUCAAAUUAUUACUUUUUAGAUAUCCAAAGAUACUUGUGGCGGUAAUACGUAUUUCGUUGAAAUAUGGUUGGGUUAGUUGGCUAGGUUCAAGUGCUUGAAGGCUGCUUGUAUGCUUUUGUUAUUAAUUGCAUUUUCCUGUCAACUUAAACUCUUGAGAAGUAAUUAAUUUACGUGAGGGUGCAAAAACAUUUGAGAUGGUGAUAGCCAGUGAGGCGGGGCCCUCGAAGAGUGGGAGGGAGAAGGAGGGUGCUCCCGAAGAGAAGGACGACCGCACUUUCGAAUGCAACAUCUGCCUGGACACGGCCAAAGAUGCUGUCGUCAGCAUGUGCGGUCAUCUCUUCUGCUGGCCUUGCUUGCACCAAUGGCUGGACACGAGGCCCACACGCCAGGUGUGCCCGGUCUGCAAGGCGGCCAUCAGCGAAGAAAAGGUCAUUCCUCUCUACGGCCGAGGCAGCACCAAGCAACAGGAUCCCAGACAUAAAGUCCCACCCCGUCCUCCUGGCCAAAGAACAGAACCGGAAAAUAACGGAGGGUUUCCGGGAUUCGGGUUCGGAGAUGGGGGCUUCCACAUGUCUUUCGGGAUCGGAGCGUUUCCGUUCGGGUUUGUCACGUCUUCGUUCAACUUUGGGGAUCACCAUCCUCAUCAGAGGCCAUCCCAUGGAGCUGGACGUGGAAUGGCACUAUUGGAUGAGGAUCCAUUCGUUUCCAAAAUUUUCUUAUGGGUAGCUGCUAUUUUCAUCAUGUGGCUGUUUUAUGCCUAAACAGACCAGACCCCAGUCAAUGACAAAAUGCAGUUAACAGUUGCAAAAUCAGUUACCGGAUCUUGAAAAAUAUGUCCAAGGAAUUAUCAAGAAUAAUUCAUUCAUACAACCCGUCAUUUAUGUGUUUGCAUGGAUGUCAUUCAAUGUUUUAAUAUUUAAACUACUCGAAACCAUUCCUGCUACUAUACUCUGAUGAUUUGAAGUUAUUCAAAUAUUGAUGUCUACUGAAAUCGUUCGAAUAUUGGUGUCUACUGAUUGAAAAUGUUGCUUUGAGAAACACUCCCAAAUUUCAGCCACUGUAUAGGCUGGUAUGUGUUGAAACCUUGUAAUACCUGCUACUAAUUCCUUGCUACCAAAUUUCCAAAUAAAUUCAGAUGUCAUUGGAUAUUUGUUGGACUAGUGUGUUGGUGUAUGUAUGCGUUUGUGUGUGAGUGAGAGAGUUUUUGGAAAGUUUAAAGCUCUAGAUCAGUUUUAAUUAAACCUAUCCAAUGGUAGAAGACAGUACAAGAUAUUUUAGACUCAACCUUGGUAGAUCUAACAACCUUGGAAGAGUCUGCAUGUUUGUAUUGAGGUAUUGUUUGAUAAUUUUAUUGUUGAUCGAUGUAAAAUCUACGUCGAUUGUAAAUAUAUUUUUAUCAUUAUUUCGUUGAAUAUUGUUAUGUAAAUCAUACUUUUAUUAUCAAUAUAUUGUAAAAAAGUAGAUUGAAAUCAUAUUUAUUUUAUUGUAGAAUUUUAGUGUUUCUUCGGUGAAUAUAAUUUUCGUUCAACUCAAAGUCGUUGAGUUUUCUUGGUUUUUUGCAGCAGAAAAGAUCUUCGAAAUUCGAAAAUUUUGUGGUAAAAUAUGUAUGUUUAAAUUUGUACAGUGACACAGCUUUGAGUCAUUAUACUGUCUUUAAAAAUGUGUGUGUGAAUGAAAAAAAUAAAGCUGUGUACAAAAGUUA